GCAGGCUUGAGCUCGGCUGUGUGAGAAGCACUCAGAAACACAGCCCUACAUCGCAUCAAAAGAUGAAAAUGUAGACAUGUAUCAGAAGAUGCGCACAUCGGAGACACAACACACCAUCGACUGAUGACGAUGGAAGACGGACUGGUGUCUGAAGACGAUAUUUUGUUUCGCUCCGAGAAGGAGUUUCAUGAUGCUGCAAAGAGGAACGACACGGAGAGAAUGCAGGAGCUCAUCAGAAGAGGGGUGGACAUCAAAGUCAAAAAUAAGAUGGACCGUAAGGCCUUGCACUGGGCAGCAGGAGCCGGCAGUGAGCAGGCAGUGCGUCUGCUGCUGGAUCACGACAUGGAGGUGGAUGAUAUGGACAGCUUCGGUAUGAACGCUCUGCUCUUGGCGGCAUGGUUUGGUCACCUCUCAAUCCUGAAGAUCCUUGUCUCAACUGGGGCGAAGCUCACCUGUGAAAACAAAAAUGGCUUGAAUCUCUUGCACUGUGCUGCACAGAGGGGUCACAUCAGUAUUUUGGAGUAUAUUAUGGAAGAUCUGGAAAACGUGCAGCUUAAUAAAGUCGACAAGUCAGGUAAGACAGCGUUUCAUUUGGCCGUGGAGCAUGGACACCUGGAGGUGGUGGAGUUUCUCAUUGGUAUGGGCUGUGCUCAUGACCUCAAGGACAAGGAGGAAAACACUGCACUGCAUUUGGCAGCUAAGCAAGGCCACAGUGACGUCCUACAGAAGAUCAUGGAAACCGGGGAGAGCAUUGAUGAAAAAAACAUUGAUGGCAUGACGGCUUUACAUUUGGCAGCUGAAGGAGGGCAUUACGAAUGUAUCAGACUCUUGCUGGAGGCUGGCUGCAAUGUUAAUGAACUUACUCAUAGUAACAGGACAGCUCUUCAUCUGGUGGCCCUGCAUAGCUCAGGAAGAGAGAUCAAACUGCUGGUACAGGCUGGGAUCAAUCUGAAUUCAGUAGACACACAACAUACUUCAGCUCUGCACUUGGCAGUACUCAACAACUCCACAGGAAUAGUCAAGGGUCUUGUCGAUGCGGGAUGCGACCUGGACAUCUUUGACAAUCGGCUUCAAACUGCUUUGCACAUAGCAGCAGAACACGGACGGCAGAACAUCGCUGAGAUGAUCCUGAUAUCUGGAGUCAACCUCAAUCUGCUUGACAAGCAGGGAAAGACAUCACUGGAUGUUGCAGCACGAGGCAACCAUGUGAAUGUCGUUGACAUGAUUAUCAAAGCUGACAGAUUUUACAAAUGGGAGAAGGAAAAUGUGACGAGUGACUCUGACUCUCUGGUGGGAACGAGUCUUACCUUUAAACAAGAUCAUCGACAGGAGACACAGCAUAUCUGAUCUGUCCUAUGGAAGCUUGCCACCAAAUAUCUCAAACCAGGCGAGUGGAAAACACUGGCUCGGCACUGGAAGUUCUCAGAAGCACAUAUUCGAGCCAUAGAGCACCAAUGGACAGGUACAAAGAGCUACAAGGAGCACGGGCAUAGGAUGCUGCUCAUCUGGCUGCACGGAGUGAUCACCGCUGGAGAAAACCCCAUCAAGGGCUUGUACGAAGGUCUGACUGGAAUCUCAAUGACUGAUUUGGCAGGAUUAUGCCUUAGAUGAUUGUAAGCAGCAAGAAAACUUUCUGGGUUUCGGAUCAGAGCUAUUGAAAAGCAUGCGACAGCAGGCAAAUGUGGAUCCGUCUUCUGCUAAAAAAUGCUCUACAAUGUAAUGUGAGAUUUAUUGAGAAAGGUCUAGACUGAGCACGUACCAACCAGGAGAUUGGAUGCUCUUCAAAUACACAGCACUGACGAAACACAAAUACUCCCUCAAAUAUAACCCCAGUGAUGUGACUGAGAAGAAAACUUAGCCUGUUCACACCCAGAGCAAAUAUUUACAGCAAACAUGACUUUGGAUUGAAAUGAUGUGUUUCUGUGGAACCAUUCAUAUUGAGAAAAUGACAGAACACUUUUUUGGAGAACAGGUAGAUUUCGCUCUCUCUCUCUCUCUCUCUCUCUCG